CGCAGCCCCGCGCCCGUCCUCGGCGUGCGCCGCGCUCGCUCCUGUGUGCACCGGGAAGCGCGCACCGCGGAGGGGCCGGUGUCGUUCCGCUGACGCGCACAGAGCGCAGGCCGGCACGCAGGCGUAGGCUUUGUCCAGGACUGCUGUUUAGAUAACAGGUUUGCAAGUUACAGGACAGAGCAUGAGCUCCUUCACAUGACCAGAACUGCACAGAGAUGUGUUUGAAAUAAUGCACAGAUCAAGGCUUUAGACAGAAGGAAAAUCUCUAGACCUGCUGGUAGCAAUGGAAACUAAGAAUUAAACUCUAGGACCUCCAUAGCUUCUGGACGGUUAUAAUCAGGACAGUAACACCAAUAGAGAGGGUAAUGCUGCAGGUGAAGUGUAACUUGAUGAAGGAGGCAGCGUGUGAUGAGAGAUAAAUGGAGAAGACAGAAAAACUGGAAGAAAAUUGAAGAAGGGAGGCUGAGAUACAGGAAGAGUUUUACCAUAUUCCAGCUCCUGUUCCAUGUUUUAAGCUCUUGGGUAUCGACACGGAUAACACCUGGUUUUAACAAUCUCAGCCAAAAAAGGAAGAUUGAAUGGAAUUCAAGGACAGUCUCCACAUUCCAUGCCUUGGUGGUUGGUGGAUUUUGUCUGUAUAUUUUGUUGUACGAUGACGCUGUUAAUGCUGACCAUCUCUGGGGUGACCCUUCAAUUGUGAAACUGAAUAUUGCUAUUACCACAGGCUACCUCAUUUCUGAUUUGUUGCUUAUUGUUUGCUACUGGAAGGCAAUCGGUGACAAAUUUUUUGUAAUACAUCACCUGGCAGCUCUGUAUGCUUAUUAUUUCGUACUGAGCAAAGGUCUGCUGGCUUACUUUGGGAACUUCCGUCUGCUUGCAGAGUUCUCCACUCCUUUCGUCAAUCAGCGGUGGUUUUUUGAAGUACUGGGAUAUCCCAAAUCUUCAAAGGCCAACAUGAUCAAUGGUGUGCUGAUGACAGUUGUGUUCUUCGUGGUGAGGAUUGCCGUCAUGCCUAUGUAUUACAGCCGUGUAUUUUCUUCAUUUGGAACUGAGGGUUUCCAGAGAUUAGGAUUUGCAGCCCAGAGCGCCUGGAUUAUCUCAAGUGUUGUCUUGGAUAUUAUGAACUUGAUGUGGAUGGUCAAAAUUACAAAAGGUUGCUACAAAGUUAUUUGUCUUGUUGGACAAGAGGAAGCCAAAACUCAUAAAAAUGGAAAAUCUGACUAGAGAUCAUAUGCACAAACAGAAAUUUCUGCUAUGAAAAUUAUUUGGGUUCGCUGAACCAGUGCACAUUUCUGCCAUGGAAUGCGCCUCUUAAGGAAACAAAGUAUUACCUCCAUACUGACCUUACUCUUUCCCUAGCCACACUGCCUGCGCACCCAGGGCCACGCUUUAAGGAUCUUAUCCAAUGAGGAACAGAAGCAAAAGUUCACAUAAAUGAAUGCUACGUGUGUGUUCUGAGCACUUAACAAACUACUGAAAUGAGGAAGGAGCAGGCUGGUUACUUGGCUGUUGUCUACCAGUGAGUUUGAAGUGUUUCACUCAGGUUUCUCAGAUUAAUGUGUUUUAUAAAUCUAGUGAAUAUUGAUAUCUCUCUUUUAUAAAAACAUAAACAAAACUCUCCAAAUUCCUGAAAUGGUGCAAUUUUCCUGGCAAAUUUCUAUAUUUUCUUCUAGGAUUAACAAUCAAGAUUUCAUUCUUGAAAACUUUUUAAUUUUUGCAAGAGAAGCUUAAAGUCUAGCUCUGAUUCUGCAAAAUCUUUUACUGCUUUUUGUUCUGCCUUGUAUGAAUGCAAACCAUUCGGGGAAAUUUAUGAAAUAAUUUUAUCUAAAAUGCUGUAUUAUAAGACUAUACGAGUUAUCUUAAGAGUGGUUAAAAUUCUCUGAUUUUUAUAGGAAGGGUUCACUUCUGCUUUUUUAGAUUACAUGCAAGAGUACAUCUAUGAAAUCAGCCAUGGAAAUUAGUUCAUAAGUUAGUAUGGUAAAUGAAGUUUGGAAACAGCAUAAUUCUUACUGGAGUGCUUUUUCCUUUGCUGCUACUGCCUUUGAGAAGUAUUGCAACUCUGCUCAGAGUUAACCAUUGACUUUCAAGAUAUGAAGCUUACUUUAAAAAAGAUAAAAUUAUUCUGAUGUGUGCCAUGCAACUUACAAUGAGCCUUUUUUUUUUUUAAUCACACAAGUGACACUGGAUAUGAUUGCUGAUUUUUAUUUUCACGUUUUCCUUGUUAAUCACAUCUGAGCUGUUGACUAAAUAACAUUCUUGAAUUAACAGUGCCAAACUUCUUUCAAGCUGUAACAUACAGUGACAGUUUACAUCUGUAGGCACAACAUUUUAUUUUCAGAACCACAUAUUUGUCAAUAGGCACUCUGUAACUCCGUCUGCAGACUUAAAACUUGGAGGAAAUUGGAGAGAAAUCUUACUGUCUAGGAGGAAUGCUCUUGAUCCGAAUUGUAUUAUAACUGGAGGAAAUUCUGUUCUUUUUUUUAAAAUGAUUUUGAGAGUAGUAUUUGUAUGUAGUUUUGGUUUUGUUUUGCUUAUUUUAAAUCACAUCUGAAUUGACGUUGAUUGGCUUCUAUUUGUUUCUUGACUUUUUAAUUAUUAUUUUUGAACAUCAUGUUGUUAGUUAUACCUUCUAACAAGGUGUGCUAAAUGUACACAUUUUCACUCAGUACUUCAGUACACAUACCAAGUGUUGUAGCAGACUGUGUGUAAGCAAUUUAUUUUUAAACAAAGAGAUAAAAUAUUUAUCCUGUGUGGGAUAUUUUGUUUUCCUUUGCUCCUGUUGCCCUUAACAAAGCUGUGUGGAAUCAGCCCUUACCUCUGCAGACGCAGUGUCAGUGCACCAACACUACGAUCCUUUUGGGCGAGAAACAGGGCUCCUCUCCCAGGAAUCAGAUGUCAGUGAGGCCCAGAGAGGACCCUGUGGACUGUAGUGCCUUAUAGCCAAGGCAGCUGCAAUGAGUUCCCAGUUCCAGUGAUGUCAGAGUAUUGUUUGAGAUGCACAAUACUGGCUUUUAUCUGCUUGGUUUCACUGGGCAGACGUUUUCUAGUACUGUUUCCAAUCCUGCCCUCUUGAGAGUGAUGUCAAAAAUUGCUAGAAUUUCUCUAUACAUUUUUUAAAAUUUAUUCAAUGCUUAAUCAUUCACAAUCCAGGCAGAGAAGCUCUGUUUAUGCCUUGGGAAAGCUAGAAAUUAAUUUGUUUACCUGUCUUUUGGUACCAAUAAAUCCAUAGUCUUUGUGGGGUGAUUCUGUGACCUGCUUUGCUGUAGGAAAUGGACCCCCUUUUAUAUUCAUUUGCAGAACUUGGUAUCUUUUAAGAUAGUGAUUUCAGUUUAUCUGAUGCAACAUGGAGUCUACGUACAAAGACUCAAUGUUUGCAUUACCUUUAUGGUUUAGAGGUGCAAAUGAAAUUGUUGUGCUCUUAGAGUCACCAGAUCAGGGCAUCAUUUUGUAAUGGCUUGUUCCUUUCUAAAAUCGACUUAAAAUUAAGUAAAUUCAAACAUUUUGGAGAAUAUGCUUGAAAGAAGAAGUAUCCUUUUUUAUUCAGGAAGUAGGAUGAAAAAACACUAAGGAAAAGGAGUAGAAGCAGCUUUUAAGAUGACAACCCACGAAAACUCCUCAAAAUUCAUCUCAUCUUCACAUUAAUCUUUGACGUCUCAGCAUUGUUUUGUUUUGCUUUGUUGUCAGUGUAGAGCAUUCACUAAAGUAGUCAGUUUCCUUUACUUCUGGAUAGACUUGUGCAUCAUAGGGGGGAAAAGUCAAGCUGUAAUAAGGUUGUUCUAUAAGCAGUCUGGAAAACAAACAAAAAGCCAUACCUGCACAAUACACAUUGGGUAACAACCCAGAAUAGAAGGGCAUUGAGAUGAUUAUUUAGAACAUGCAAUGUUUUGGAUUGCUGCAUGAAAUUAGUGUAAUUAAAACAAUACUUUGCAAUGCAUUCGGUUUCAUUUUUCUAUUGUGAUAUUUCAGUGUAUUACACUUCAGUCCUGACGCAUCUACCGUGUGUCAGAAGACAACUUUCUAAUGAAAAAGCAUUAUUAACACUCGUAUACUUAGCAAGAACUGUAGUCAGCAGUUUGCAAAGUUGUACUGUAAUGAAUACGUUAGGAUAGAGCACUCUUACCUGCCACUAAAGGCUUAUAAUACAGCAAAUUAGAUGGCCUUGGCACCUAUUUUUUCAAUUAUGCUUUCUUAAUUUAAGAACGGUGUUGAAAUAUUGGCAUCAUUUUGUGUUGCAAGCUUGUCUCUUUUUUUUUUUAUGCAAAAAAAGUGCAUGAUUAGUAGCAUUUUUAUAAAUGUUAUCUCCAGAAUGUAAUAUUACUUUAGUAGUGGCUUAGAACUUCUCUUUUAAUAAUUGCAUUGUAAAGCAGACAGUUGGUAUAUCACCAGGUGUCUUUGCCGUGGACAUAUCGAAUGGAUGGAAUUAGUCUUGUAAAAAUGCUCAAAAAUCAUAUUUUAUUUUUUUAUAUUCUUUAGUACCACGUUACAUCAAAUUAGUAUGGUGAUCACGGGAGUGUCUGUACCAGUAGGGCUGUAUGUAAGUAGGCAAGUUUCUCUUUUUCAUGGCUUUACUUUUUCAUCAGAAGAUGAAUAAAUACCGCUCUCAGAGCUACUACAGUGGAACGGUAGGUCUAGUUCUGCUUUUAUAAUUGAUUUGUGGAAGCAGUACUUGCAGAGGGGAAAAGUACUUCAAAUCCUCAUUUUCUUGGUAAGUGUUCCAGUGGAUUUCAGUGAAGUCAAGAGCCUUAUUGCUGCAAAGAUGUUUAAUGGGUAUCUGUACACAUACUUCAGUGAUUAAUUUUAUCUCUGAAACCUACUCUACCUCUAUAAGUAAAUGCUCUUUUGGGUGAGCUCAACACUUUCUUAAUUGCUUAAAAAUAGAAUCUAUUGAAUAAUGAAAAAUAUUCUAUGAACAGGAAAAAUGAGAGGAGCUGACAUAAAAUUUGGAGUUGUUAAGAAUUUAUAUUAAAGUUUAUUAAAAAUUAAUGAAUUAUGAUGUCUGGAAGAUAAUUUAUUCCAUCUUUACAUUAAAAAUUAUGGCAAAGUAUUAUUCAUACUGAAAAAUUGUUAAACUAUGAGUAAAAGCUUACACAAGUGAGCAAAUACAUUCAAGCAUGUUUAAAGAGGAGAGGUGGAGGAGAUGCUGAGUACACCUGCUGCUGUGGCGGGGACAAAGGUAGAAUGACAAGCAGCAGAAAGAUGAUGUAUUUCUGUAUCUCUGUAAUGGUGUAAACUGAAACUUUAAAAUUUCUUUUUGAGCUGUACAAAAUGGCUUCUAAGUUGUUGAUUGCUUUAUGAAGAGGACUUGUGUGUGUUCAAAUAUAUGUACGUACAAGCUUUCUGUGAAAGGACUUUUAAUAGAAAAGUUUGUAAAAUUGUUUUGUAAAGCUUCUGCUGAGCCAUUCAGAGGAGAAUAAAGGGCUGACUGAAAUACUCCAGCUUAAGAUCUAUUGCAGUGUUCACCAAGGGGGAAAGCCACGUAGACAGGAACUAGAAUUUUCAGAUGAGCAAUACAAGUGUAGAAGGCUUUGAGAAGUAUGUGCAGCCCUCUUUCCUAUUUGUAAUAGCCUUCUGUAGAACUUCAUUAACCAGCUGCAAGGAACUUCACAAGGCAGGACUUGUUUCUGGUAGAGUGUAUCUAUCCAUGGAAUGCAUUUGACAGCUGGAGAAAGAACAGUACUUUGUUGCUGAGGUCCUGGCACCAGUCAAAUGGAAAUAAUGAUUAAUAUUUACAAACUUUAACAUUCAUCCAAAACCCGGGUGAAAUCUCUUUGCUGGACAGGUGAAGGUCAUGUGAUUUUCUGAAUGCAACUUGAAAUGUCUUUUCAUGGAGGAAAGAAAGAAAGAUGUGCUGCUUGGGAUGUUUAGAGCUCUGGGAUUAAGCAUCAAGUCAAUACUUUUAGGUGAUGACGCUUUUGAUUUCUUAUCCAUUUAAAAUCUCUACUAGCUACCUCCUUUGGCAUUCUUGCUCUAUUUAUAAUAACCAAGCACUUUAUAGUUCAGUAAAGAAUGGAAGGUAGCUAUGAAGAAUAACUUGUAUUGUUUGGUAUAAGAAAUAUUUUGUCAAAGUUCCUUCUGAGAUCAGUUUCAUGGUGUGGUGUCCUAAGAGGGCAUCUGAUAGCAAUGUACAUAAAUCUUUAAUCUACUUGUAAUAUAAAGGAAGUGUCUUUAAGAGUGGUUUAUGAGGAGUUCAGCAUGCCUUGGUAUCAACCAUAUAAUGAUUCAGUGUGCUAUUUAUAACUUCUUAGUCAUUGAAAUUGAAAAUAUGAAAGCAAAUAAAAUAUUCUGUAGUGUAUCUUUAUUUUUAAUCUGUGUGUGGGAUGUCAAAAAUUGUACUUGUCUUGUGGACGGCACAUGCCUGUAUGAGCCUAUAAAUAUUUAAGUAUAUGAGAAUCUGCACCCAAGUGGAACAUGUUGCAUGUAAAUUGUCUUCUAAGUUUUAAAAUGUUGGUAUUGAAAAAAAUUCGAUCGUUUAAAUGCGACAUUUAAAUAUCAACAGUAAGCUCUAAUACAAAGUAUAACACUUUGAAUGCAAUGCAGGAGAUGCUGGUUUUGUUCAUUGUAACACUAUGUAACAAGUUUGACAAGAGAAAUCCAUUACAUGAUAGGGAGAAGGAGGAAAAGGGCUAAUCCUGAGCUCUGGUAUAAUUUGCACACUUAAUGCGUGUACAUGCAGAUAUCCUGGAUUUGUUUCUAGCAUGCAUAAACCAAACAGUGUUUAAUGUCUACAGAUACCUAUAUGUGGAGAAUAAUUUAACAUGUAAGCACAGUUAGACUGAUGCCAAAACAAAUUACAAUCUGUUGGGAGCAAGUGAGUUAUGAUUUAGGCAUAAGUAAUAAUCUGUAAUUAAAAAAUGUUCAUGUAAUCUUCUGUCUAAAGAGAAACUUGAUAAAUAUGGUAUACAUGACCUGGAUGCAGAGCAGAGGUGAAAACUGAUUUCUGGAAAACCAUGACAAUCUGGUUUGCAGAGUAAAGACUAAUACUGUCACAGAAUAUUAGGAUCAUAUAAUUAAAUUCAAAUAGUAAUGUGGCCUGAUUGUAGUAGCAAUCCUUGUCACUGCACAAGAACUUAAAAAUGCAAUAUAAUAAUUCUGAAGAUUGAUUACAACAGUGAUCAGGUGUAGUAAGGUGAAUGGUUAAAUCCGAUGUGUUUAAAUUUUCCUUUUGCUAUAAAAGUUCUGAAUUGUGUUUGCAUUUCAGUGAUACUGUAGAGCAUUUCUGUAUUUGGUUUGAACAGUCUAGGAGCUUGCAUAAGGUUAUAUUGGCUGACUUCCUUUUCUUUGAUAUAUGCAAUAAUGUCAAUGAGCAAUAAAUUGCAUGUUGUAUGCAAGGUAUUGGUACUUCAUAAUAAACAAAAAGAACAGA